AGUCUUUCCGGAUUUGUAUUCGCGAUUAAACAAUGGCACGGAGCUGGGCGAUAGGAGCUCUUCUUUUGACCUGGAUUUCUGCUGCCGACCUCUGUCCAUACAAAUGUGUUACUAAGGAAUAUUGUUCUUAUCCACCACAAGUCGAUGUUACAGAAUAUAGGUGUGAGAACCAAAAAGUUUGCUGUGCAAAUAGGACCGAUCUUUCGCCUCGUAUCCCUACUACCCAAGACCAACAGGAUUUUAGUGGAGUUCGGGCCUAUAAAUGGACUGCCCAAGGAUAUUUCCCCCAAACUGGACUCAAUUAUGACACACCGAAACAAGACUUUGGUGGAGGUUCUGCCAAUCCUUCUGACCCAGUAAACCAAGAAUUCACUGGAAAACAAUAUUUGAGCGGGGGUUAUGGCCAAGGGAAUAUGCCCCAACCUAACUCCUAUUCUCCCGCAUCAAACCAAGAAUUCUCUGGAGGCCGAGGAAGUUUUUCCCAAGAUGAAAACCGUAAUACCGCAUCACAACAAUAUUUGAGCGGGGGUUAUGGCCAAGAGAAUAUGCCCCAACCUAACUCCUAUUCUCCCGCAUCAAACCAAGAAUUCUCUGGAGGCCGAGGAAGUUUUUCCCAAGCUGAAAACCGUAAUACCGCAUCACAACAAGAUUUAAGUGGAGGUUAUGCCUCAAGAAAACAGGACCUCGGUGCAUCGAAAGCUCCAGUGCCAAAGGAUCGAUUAGAUGAAAUUUGCGGUUUGGGUAAUCCGCGAGGGUUAGAUGAGAGAAAACAAGUGGGUCCUUGGCAAUCAACGCCCGGUCAAUAUCCCUGGGUGGUGGCCCUCUUCAACAAGGGCAGUUAUUUUGGAGGCGGUUCUUUGAUUAGUCCUCGAGUUGUUCUGACUGCAGCUCACCAAAUAUUUAUGGCUAAAUUGACCCGGACUGACGACAUUAAGGUAAGAGCUGGCGAUUGGGACUUGUCAUCGACAUCGGAAGCGUUCCAGCAUGAAGAGCGCUGGGUCACCGAUGUCGUGUACCCUGAUACUUAUGUAUUCCAAAAUGGCAGCAACAACAUUGCCCUGCUAUUCCUCGACACUCCGUUCGAAUUGAAGCCCAACAUCAGGACAAUUUGUUUGCCUCAGCAGGAUAAGUCAUUCGACCAAAGAAACUGCAUAGUUGCCGGCUGGGGAAAGAGUUCGUAUGAAAGUGCACAAUACGCGAGUAUACAAAAGAAGUUGGAGUUGAGCAUUGAACCCAGAGAAACAUGCCAGGACCUGUUGAGACGAACCCAAUUGGGCGCCGCCUAUGAGCUGCCAGAUUGUUCCAUUUGUGCCGGCGGACAGUUGAACAAGGAUGCCUGCUCUGGAGAUGGUGGAUUCCCCUUGUUCUGUCCCAUGGAAGGCUACCCCCACCGUUACGAGCAGGCUGGCAUCGUCAGCUAUGGCAUCGAGUGUGGCCGGGAAAACGUUCCGGGAGUCUACACAAACGUCGCCAAGUUCAGGGAUUGGAUCGAUGAGAAGUUGGCUGGCGGCACCUUCGUUUUGUAAAGGCACAAAGAUAUCGAUUUUAAAUCAGCAAUUUUUAAAUAAAGAAUGUGUUCAGCUGAAAA